AUGAAAAAUCUGGUCACAGUUUCCAAUACUGUAACAGAGUCGGAUUAUGGAAAGAUAACGUUUUCCGAUGUGAAGGUCACAAGGAAGCGAAACCUCUUCUGGGGACGUAAAUGGAGGACCGUUGACAUUCAAGUUGGUCUUUGGAUUUUAUCCCUUCACUUACUUGCACUUUUUGCACCAUUUACGUUUACUUGGGGUGCUUUCUGUUUUGCAUUUUCCAUUUGGGUGUUGUGUGGGAUUUUUGGUGUAACCCUUUGUUAUCAUCGUCAUCUUGCACACCGUAGUUUUAAUCUACCUAAGUGGCUUGAGUACACGUUUGCUUAUCUUGGAGUCCUAUCUUGCCAGAGGGAUCCAAUAUAUUGGGUCAGCAUUCAUAGAUAUCACCAUCAAUUUGUCGAAACCGAGAAAGAUCCACACUCUCCCACGUUUGGGUUUUGGUUUAGCCAUAUGGGAUGGAUCUUUGAUAGUGGCUACAUUUUUGAGAAGUAUAAAGAACGUAAUAACGUGGAGGAUUUAAAGAGUCAAGUAUUCUAUAGGUUCAUGCGAAGAACUUAUGUAUUGCAUACAGCUAUAUAUGGGGCCCUCAUUUAUGCUUUUGGUGGAUUUAGCUACCUUGUUUGGGGUCUGGGUUUUACAGCGACGUGGGGUUACCAUGCGACAUUUCUAGUGAACUCAGCUUGUCACACAUGGGGAAAUCAAACUUGGGACACCGGUGAUUUGUCUAAGAAUAAUUGGUGGGUGGCGAUGGUUACCUUCGGAGAAGGAUGGCAUAACAAUCAUCAUGCAUUUGAAUUCUCAGCUCGACAUGGUUUAGAAUGGUGGCAAAUUGAUUUUUGUUGGUAUAUGAUAAGGUUUCUUGAAGUACUAGGAUUAGCCACCAAUGUUAAGUUACCAACAGAAGCUCACAAACUAAAGAAAUCGUUCAAAUCUCAUAACAAGUUCAAGUGA